AUGGUAAGCAUCACGAUCAUCUGCGCUCUCUUGACAGCCGCAUCCGCAGCUACAAACACGACUACUAUGUCCAACUUCAUAUGGCCCCCGCAACACAAUGGCACAGCCAUGCACGUAUCCCACUACAACAUUACAAAGCGUCUAGAGGCCGUCCUCAAUCCACAGCAGGUAAAGUCGAACACCACCCACGCAGCGACAACUCUUGCCAUUGCCAUUACGGGUGCUGCUAUUUCCGCCAUCGCCGCAUGCACAAUAGCCUACAUCUACUUCCAGCGCCGUUCUUCCAAAAAGACGAACGCAAAAAAGAAAAUGGACGUAGAAGCGAGUGCAGAGAGCUUCAACGCGCAGCAGCCAGCGUCUUGUGAUGUUUCUUCGAUAUGUACACUGCGCGUGGAGCAGCCUCUAGGGGGUGGUGACCUUGGUGCUGCUGGCCGCGAUGGCCCAGGUGAGACUGGAACUACGCAUUAUACGCACGCUUGUGAGAGUGGUUUGUCGCGCCUCGACGAGGUUGAUUUGGCUGAUGUGCCGGACGUGCAACGGACUGAGGUUAGGUGA